CUAGCUAGAAAAAGUGCAUAAAACACAGGGCGACUAACGCUGUGAAUGCCAAUGUAACAGUGUACCAACGUCCCGAUAAUAUGUAACUAGGAAUUAAGGUGGGCUAAUGAAAUGAACUUUACAUGGUACAAGUAAAUAUAGUAAAAAAUAUAUAAGUAUAUUUAUUCAUAAAAAUAGAAAGUAUACAAAGAAAGAAAUGAUAUACCGAGCUUCGUAAACACACAAAUACAAUAUCGGGAUAUUUAUCACAGUACAUACAUAGGAAAUAUUGCAUACAAGUUUCUACUAGUGCACAUAUGCUUAUCUAACAAAACCAUGCAGCACCAGAAAAUAUAUAAAAAAAACGUUUAAAUCCUUGGAACUGGAUUGGAUAUGCGGAGUGAUGGAGGUUGCUUUAACUCGCGUUUACUCAACAUGUUUUGCGUUCAAAAAUGCUUCAUCAGGAGCAUAACGGUCUAAUAGUAAACAAAAUAUGACAUAGAAACAUAGAUUCCAUACAUUUGGCACCCACAUUCAAGAGAAGCAUUUAGACAAGCAGAUUAAAAUCACCAAAGCGAUCGCUCGAUAGAGGAUGAAAUUCCAACAGGUCAGAAUAUUAUCCACCAGAAGAGUCCUUUCCCGGGUUUUUCUCUUUCAAUUACCUUUCAUGUUGGUUGAAUUGGAUGAAACACCAACCUGUCUAUAGCCAGUCUUACGCCAACUUUCAUUGUAUUGAGCUAAAAAAGAAUUCACCUUCUGACACCAUAUGACACCAUAAGCCUCCCCCCCAUGCCUCAAAGCAGUGUGCUAGGAUCUGAGCUCUUUAUCAGCCAGGCCAGUAUUAUAGUUGGUGGGUGGAAUGUCAGACCAAGACAGGACUGACCGGAAAGACAACAAAAUCUCUUUCUAUCUAAACUCCAUUGUUAUGAAGAAUAAGGAAGCUUUAAAUUCAUGAAAAUAGUGUUCUGAACAGAUCAGUGAGAGAGAGAGAUCUGCUGAAUAUCCUCCGGGACGGGAAUGCUCUCUCUACUCAUUCUAAUAACCACAGCCGGCAAGGCUUUCGGUGCUGCAGAUUAUUCGGUGUGUGGUUCCCCGCUGGUGUCCGGGCGGAUAGUUGGCGGUACAAAUGCAAUUGAUGGCAAGUGGCCCUGGCAGGUCGCUGUUAAGGAUAAAGAAUCAAAUGGAGAAUAUUUAUGUGGGGGGUCCCUGAUCUCCCCGGAGUGGGUUAUGACGGCGGCACAUUGUAUCCACCUUCCUAUCCAGGUAUCGAAUUAUAAAGUAUAUUUGGGCCUGUACCAGCUGGGUGUGAUCAGCUCUCAUACAGUUAUUGCCACUGUAAGGAAUAUCUUCGUCAAUAGUAAUUAUACAAACAGUGGAAGCCCUGGGGACAUCGCCCUGAUACAGCUGGCCACACCUGUCACCUAUACUCAGUACAUCAUGCCAAUCUGUCUGCCAUCUUCCACCACCACCUUCCCCUGUGGUACGGAGUGCUGGGUGACCGGCUGGGGUACAAGAUAUUCUGGAGGGAGCGUAGUUGCGAAUGGGCCCCUUCAGGAGGUCAUGGUUCCCCUAAUAGACCGCAAUACGUGUCAAACAUUUUACCGUGCAGGAAGUAACUUCCGUAUCCAGGAUGAUCAGAUUUGUGCCGGCUACAAGAAUGGGCAAAAGGACUCUUGCCAGGGUGACUCAGGAGGACCUCUGGUGUGUAAGGUCCAGGGUGUAUGGUACCAGGUUGGAGUUGUGAGCUGGGGAGAAGGAUGUGCAGAACCCAACUACCCCGGGGUGUACACAAGAGUGAUGGCCUACCAAGCCUGGAUCAGCACCUACCUGACUAUUACAUUCAAUUAUGUGUCGAAUAUUCCUACACCAACGAUGACUUGUGGAGGAAGCUUCAAGAGCACAGGAAACACCACCACCGUCUAUCCAUAUGCCAAUUCAGCUUCAAGCACAUCAGGCAAAUCUGAAGGAAGCUCCAUCACAUCCAUCCUUUCACACCAUCGCUGGGUGAUCCUGGUCCCAACUAUUCUCCUGCUGACACUCAUAUAACCAAAAAACAGCCAUCUCUGCUGACCUAGACAAUGGGGUUUAUUCUUCUAAAAGUGCUGAAAAUAUUUACUUUGCAAAGAAGACCCAAUCUAAUGUUAUGCCUCGUGCACCCGUAAGGUAUUUCCAACGGGAAAAUUUACCGUCGAAAAUCCCGAGGGGAAAUCCGAGAACCUGCUCGGUCAGUCUUUCCCCUAUACACAACAGUUUUUCCUGACAGGAAAACUGCGAUGGUUGGGAA